CAGAGAGCCCGAUGUGGGGCUUGAACUCACAAACUGUGAGAUCAUGACCUGAGCCAAAGUCAGAUGCUUAACUGACUGAGCCACCUGGGCACCCCAAAAUGGGGACUCUUGUGUGUCUGGUGACAGUAUGGGAGGUAGACAGGGAUAGAGGUGCAUCCUCCAUCCUUCUAGAUAGGGACCUGUGUUGUCAACUGAGCUGCAGUGGCACAACCAGGAUAAGUUCCUGACCUUGAAGCUCAUGGCGUAGAGGGUGACAUGGACCUUCAGGAAUUAAUCCCACAGAUCCUGGCAUUGUUACAGAUUAUGGGGGUACCAGGCCAGAGGGGGCAGGGAGUACAGAGAGAGCAUAAUGGGGGUGAGGAUCUUUCAAGUUGAGGGUGGUCAGGGAUGGUGGGGACAAUAACAUUUCAGCUGAGGCUUGGGGAUGAGAACAAGGUUGACUGGGUUGCACGAGCAUUCUGGGAACUGGUAACAGUGUGUGCAAAGGGACUGAGGCAGAGAGAAGCUGAGUUCUAGGGACAGAAGGAGGCACUAGGUUCUCAGAGCACUAUGAGCAAAGGCAAGAGAGGAUGAGAGAAAGCUACAAAGGCUGGUGAGGAUCCAGGGUGUGCACCACGAUCCUAAGAGCAGUAAGAAGCUCCCAAGUGAGACCCAAGAGAGGCUCAAAGUUAGGCAGGAAUAGGGGUGGGGAGGAGGCUUGCUCCUUGGUCCUGCCAACUAGACUUUCCCUCAGCCCUGUGCACAGCAGAUACUCAGGGAAGGGUGAUUUGCCAUGCUUCCUGCCUAAGCUUGGGUGGUGGGCCACUGGUGUCCCCUGAGCAGGAGCACAGAGACAUCCAAAGGUUUGGGCAGUGCUCUUGGAUCUGAGGGCAUCCAGGUGUAGCUGCAGGGCUAGAUCCUGGAAAGGAGUGGCCACAGAAGUCCUGGACUCCCUUCCCCACCACCCCAAGGGCCACUUUCAUUCCAUUUCUCCUCUGCCCAGACAACCUCAAGGUUGGUGUGAAGACCACCACAGGCUUGCCCCCUGCACUUUUAACUCUGGCCCCUGCUUUUCUUCUUCCCAGAGAGUAUAGUCACACUAUCUUCCAGCACUCCUGCCUGUCACUGUCCCUGGUUCCAAGGGGGGUGUUACCUCCCACUACCCUGCUAUAAAGCCAGCAUUGAAUAUGGGCUGGCACAUUCUCUGUGUCCUCUUCUGAGCACAUCACACAUCUCAUUGUAUCCCCAAACAGCAUCACAAAGCAGCUUUCCCCCUUACAGAUGAGGAGACCAGCCCUCAUGAAGGUUAACUUGCCCACAGUCACAUGCUGCUAUGGGCAGAGUAUAAACCCAUGUCCUGCAUUCAGCCUUGUACUUCCCUGUCUCCUUACUCCUAGGAGAGUCCACUCCAUUUACAACUUACAGAGUGAGGGAUGGACAGACAGGUGGACAUUCCCCAAGGGUAGGGAGCCCUGAGAAUCAAGUACCCUGCUUCUUAUUCUUUGAAGCCUCAGGUUCCCACAUGGUGUCUUAUACCAGAAGCUGCUAAGAAAGCUUGAAUGAAUGCUUUAUUUGAGGGGCUGAGGGGUAUUGAACCAAAGACAGUGGCGCGGAGUUAGUUUCUUUUGCUGCUCGGGUAGGAUUUCAUAGGCUGGGAAAGCACAUAGGCAUUAUUUCCUCCUUGGCGGAGUAUUCUGCCUGAGUAAAACGAGACAUCUCCUGUGAAACUUCCAGGAAGAUGAGCUGCAUUUCUCAGACGUGGCUGGGGCUCUCUGUAGUCCCCAAAGGAUGGGACUUUAAGCCUUCUGAGAAGUGAACACCUAUAUAGAAGAGGAAGCGAGAACUGAAAGAAUGGAUUGGACACAUGUUCCUGUACCCUGAGAGCUUCAGCACAGUCAGCAGAUAGAGGCAUGAGAAAAAUACCAAAUAAUGGGAACCUGAAGAUGACAAAAGUGGCUUACCCUCUGGGGCUGUUCAUUUGCCUGUUCAUCUAUGUCGCCUAUAUCAAGUGGCACUGGGCCUCCGCCACCCAGGCCUUCUUCAGCAUCACUGAGGUAGCGUCUGGGGCCCGGAGGGGCCAGCAGGCUCAUAGUCCUCUGGGGACAGCUUCACAUGGUCAUGAGGUUUUCUAUGGCAUCAUGUUUGACGCAGGAAGCACUGGCACCCGUGUGCACAUCUUCCAAUUCGCCCGGCAGCCUGGAGAAACUCCCACUUUGACCCAUGAGACCUUCAAAGCACUGAAGCCAGGUCUUUCUGCUUAUGCUGAUGAUGUUGAAAAGAGUACUUCGGGAAUUCAGGAAUUACUGGAUGUUGCUAAAAAAGACGUUCCUUUUGACUUCUGGAAGGCUACCCCCUUGGUUCUCAAGGCCACAGCUGGUUUACGUCUAUUACCAGGAGAAAAGGCUCAGAAGUUACUGCAAAAGGUGAAAGAAGUGUUUAAGGCAUCGCCUUUCCUUGUGGGAGAUGACUGUGUUUCCAUCAUGAAUGGAACGGAUGAAGGCGUUUCAGCGUGGAUCACCGUCAACUUCCUAACAGGCAGUUUGAAAACCCCAGGAAGGAGCAGUGUGGGCAUGCUGGAUUUGGGUGGAGGGUCCACUCAGAUCACCUUCCUUCCAAGAGUCGAGGACACCCUCCAGACCUCCCCGCCUGGCUACCUGACGUCACUCCAGAUGUUUAAUCAGACCUACAAGCUCUAUUCCUACAGCUACCUGGGCCUCGGAUUGAUGUCGGCACGGCUAGCAAUUCUGGGUGGCAUGGAGGGGAAACCUGCUGAGGAUGGAAAGGAGUUGGUCAGCCCUUGUUUGUCUCCAGGUUUCACAGGAGAGUGGCAACAUGCUGAAAUAACAUACAGAAUUUCAGGACAGAAGGCAGCAGUGAACCUCCAUGAGCUGUGUGCCAGCAGAGUGUCGGAAAUCCUUCGAAACAAAGUGCAUAGAACAGAAGAAGUGAAGGAUGUGGAUUUUUAUGCUUUUUCCUACUAUUAUGACCUUGCAGCAAAUGUUGGCCUCAUAGAUGUGGAGAAGGGAGGCAGCCUCGUCGUGGGAGACUUUGAUAUCGCAGCCAAGUAUGUGUGCAGGACAGCGGAGACCCAUCCUCCAGGCAACCCCUUUCUGUGCAUGGACCUCACCUACAUCAGCCUGCUGCUCCAAGAGUUUGGCUUCCCAGAGAACAAAGUGCUGAAGCUGACUCGGAAAAUCAACAAUGUUGAGACCAGCUGGGCUCUGGGGGCCAUUUUUCAUUACAUCGACUCCCUGAGAAGACAGAAGAAUCCAGCCUCAUAGUGGCCAAGCUGCCCCAGCCAUCCUUACAGAGCGGCUCCAUCUCCAUGAGAACAGACCUGUGUGGAACGCCUUGAUGUGUUGGGAGGAAGCCACUGCUCGGGCUGCCACCCCUUUCCCUUUGGCCUUGCAGACCUGCCCCUGGACAGGCAGAGGGCUAGAACGUGACCAGGCCUAGUGUCUCCUCCUGCCUCAGCCCCAGGUGGGCAGUAAACCAGACAGGGCAAAGGGCACAUGUCAAGUUUAGUAUGACACAGGCACACCAUCCCCCAUCCCUCCCCUGUAUGCAGGGUUGGGGUGACUGUAACGUGUUUCUGUGACAGGAGUCUUGUUUUGUCUCCCUGCCCCUGUCUGGUCCCUCCUCUCAUCCCCAGGGUGGACCUCCACCUUCUCCCCAGAGAUUUGGUGGGGAGGUUUUAUAGGCUGUUCUGGCUGCUUUCAGGGUGGGCCAAGUGGCAACCACCAUGUCCUCUGGGACAGUGAAUUGGGCGGACCUGAAUGCAUUGGCCUCCUCUUUGGUUAUGGACAUGCGAGGUCAUCCAGAGGUCUGUUUUCUCAGGUUCUUGGAUGGCUUGGGGCAAGCUGAUGAAGUUGGCCUUGUGAGUAGAAGAGGGCUGGGGGAAAUACCUCUGUGUGUCCCAGCUCUUCAGAGGAGGUCUGAAUGUGAGCAUGACCUGCUUACAAUAUUUAUGGCUGUGCUGUGUGAGUGACAUCUCUGUUGUGUGGUGCUGGGUGUUUGUGUAGCAGCUGUGUUCUGAGCCCCAGUGAAUGUAUUGCUACCAUGAGCCAUUUGCAGCUGAGCAGUGUUGAAGACACACACCAUCCCCCUGUGGGUCAGGUGGACUGCAGUCCCCAGAACUGCCUUCUUGAGGCUCUGCUGGGGUACAGGGCUAUGCCCAUUGUCUGGGGCCUCUGUAGGACACUGGCUCUGGGCCCUCUUGCAUCGGGAUGUGAAGUCUGUGAGACAUAGGCCCUGGGGCCACAGUCGUUCUGCAGUGAAUGUAUGGUAUAUGGAAUAAGCUGAAUCUCAUGUGUUCCACUCAAAAUAAAGGGUUUACAAGGGUUUCUUCUCCAGUCACUCUUCUAGGUGAGCAUCAGCAAUGUUCACCCCCUGGUGGAAAAGCCCCUGAGAUCCCUGUUUACUAUAGUUGAAACAAAGAACUGUCCAUGCCGGGUGACAGGUGGCACAUUAACUCUUGUCAGUGUGCCUCAUAAGGAGAAAACAGCAGAAGGGCAUAGGGAGGCCAUCCUCAGGCCAUCAUGCAUGCCCGUGGUUAUAGGCAAGCCCCUUGCCUUCCCAGUAGAGCUCCCCUCUUCCCUGGGACUGUGACCCACAGCCACAUGCAGUGUGGAGUUCUCAAGCAGAUGCUGUGCCCCAGCUUGCAGUGUGUUCUCUGAGGAUCUGGCUUUAAUCUGGGACAGCUGGAAAGGGGUUGCAUGCCAGACAAAGACUGGGUGUGAGCAUAGGGUCUGGCCCCUCAACUACUUAGGGCCACUGCAGGACCAAGACCGAAGUGACUGCUGAAUGAGCCCAUAAGUGGAGGCCUGUGUUGGGGAAAGGGCUCUGCAGAGAGCUACAGGAGGUUAGUUUUACUCCUUACCUCCAAGAGCCCUUCGUCCCAAGGGGUGGAGGCAGGGAGGGAUCGAAGUGUAAAACCUUUGAUGUUGAAGUGCUGUGCCCACGGAGAUGGGGGAGCAGUUACCCCCUUUUCUGAGCGUCCUGAUUCUGUGGUCUGAUCGUCACUGGCCCAACUUCAGAAGGCUGGUGGAAGACCCCAGUACAAAAUCCACUGACAAGAUAAGGUUAAUCACCUUCUGCCCAGUGGUUUCCCCAGAAUUUAAACCCUGGGGCAGAGGUCUGGAGGUGUGCAUAUGACAUAAGCAGAAAAAGACAAAGAAGGGAAGGUGUUUUACCUAAAUAAAAAGCCACAUUUGGACUACAGCUAGGAAACCUUCAUUUGAAAAGGGCAAGAAAAUCCAACUACCAGCACCUCACCAUCCCUGCCUUGGCAGGGUUUCCCCAGCCUUUUCCUUCUAUAAUAUCUAACAAGUUAGAUAUUUAAGGAACUUCCAGAGGCCAUGAUCAAAUGUGUAUGAAGGUAAAAGUGAAAAUUGAUUUGGUCCAUUUAUAGGUUAGUGAUCUCACAUCUGAAAAAGUGGCAACAACUGGAAGUUUCCCAAAAGAUCACCAAAUAAGUCAUGGAAUAUUUUUAGUUCCAGCAAAGUACGCAAGUCAUUUUGCUGUGUCUUUUGUGAUUAUAAAGUAGGCUUUGUUUUUUAAAAAAGAAGUAACUACAUAUGCACCUCCUAACAUGUAAAAGUCAAACUAGAGAUACAGUAAGAAUUUUGUUCCCUCUGGUGUGCCCCACUUCACAUAAGCUGUGUGCAUAUAUGUGCUCAGAUCUUUCUAGCACGUCCCACACACCACCUCCUGCCCACAUGUCCUGCACUUUCCUGUUCUCACUCAGAACAGCUACACUGUUGAUGCACACUGAGCUGCCUCAGUCCUCCAGUGGCUGGUGUCAUCCAUAUAUCUGGAUGACAGGACCCCCGGCAUCAGGUUGUUUCCAGUACCACAUCCAUACGUGAGCCAUGCUGACAUUGCCAGAUCCAAAGGCAGGAAUGUUUUAAAUUGUGACCAUGUCGUCAGAUGGUAAUUUUUCUGUGCACUGGCCUAAUUCAUGUCAUAUGUAUGUCUAAGAGCAUUUCUUUUUCUGUGAAACAUCUGUCCAUGUCCUGUGCCAAUUUUUCUGAGAGAUUGUGAUCAUUCUCUUACUAGAAGAAUGUUUAUACAUUAGGGAAAUUAGUCAUUGUGACAGAAUGUGUGGCAAGUUUUUUCCCAUUUUAUUACUUUUUGAAUUUAUGGUGUUUUUUUCAAUGCACAGUUUUACUGUUUUUAUGUAUUUAAGUUUAACUAAUUUAUAUUUUUAUAUAGACUUAUGAUGACUUCCAGGUUUUGUGUCAUAAUUAGAAAGGCUACCCCACUGGGAUAGUUUUCAAAGUUAA